UUAGUAUUCCGGCGAUAAUCGAGGGCCUGAGGUUACUAUUACGUAACCUACUGUUAUAUAUAUAUUCCACCUCUCCCUACUCUUCUUUCUUUAGCCCUAGUUUCUUGCUCCUUACACACAAAUACAACACUACAACAAUCAUCUCUAUGGCUCCUAAUGGAGGCACUGUUGUUGUCUCUGACAUCAAGCUUGAGAAAUUACUUUGUAUGAAGGGAGGCAAGGGAGAGGCUAGCUAUGCCAAUAACUCCCAAGCCCAGGCCUUACAUGCUCGAUCAAUGCUUCACUUUCUUGAAGAAACCUUGGAUAUGGUGCAGCUCAAUUCUCCCGAUGUCCCAUUUCAAGUGGUGGACUUAGGAUGCUCUUCUGGAAACAACACAUUAUACAUAAUUGACGUUAUCAUCAAGCACAUGAUCAAGCGAUAUGAGUCGUCGGGACUUGAGCUGCCUGAGUUCUCCGCUUUUUUCUCCGAUCUCCCUAGUAACGACUUUAACACUCUUUUUCAACUCCUUCCACCCUUGGCUGCCAAUUAUGGGGGAAGCAUGCAAGAGUGUCUAUCUACUAGUGGUCACCGAAAUUAUUUUGCAGCUGGAGUUCCCGGUUCCUUUCACCGAAGACUUUUUCCGACAAGAUCGAUUGAUGUGUUUCACUCAGUAUUUUCCCUGCAUUGGCUCUCUCAGGUGCCAGAGAGUGCGGUAGACAAGAGAUCAGGUGCAUACAACAAAAAAAGGGUGUUUAUCCAUGGUGCAAGUGAAUCCACAGCAAAUGCUUACAAGCACCAGUUUCAAACUGAUCUUGCAGGAUUCUUAAGAGCAAGAUCACAGGAAAUGAAGAGAGGUGGGUCCAUGUUCCUUGUCUGCUUGGGUAGAACAUCAGAGGACCCCACAGACCAAGGUGGGGCUGGCCUCUUAUUUGGGACCCACUAUCAGGAUGCUUGGGAUGAUCUUGUCCAAGAGGGGCUUAUUACAAGUGAGAAGCGUGACAAUUUCAACAUUCCUGUGUAUGCACCGAGCCUACAAGAUUUUAGGAAUGUGGUGGAAGCUCAUGGCUCAUUUGCUAUAAACAAGCUUGAGGUUUUCAAAGGAGGGAGUCCUCUAGUGGUUGACUGUCCUGACAAUGCGAAAGAGGUUGGCCGAGCAUUUGCCAACACCUGCCGGAGUGUCUCUGGGGUACUUGUCGAUGCUCAUAUUGGCGACCAGCUAAGUGAGGAGUUGUUUUUACGAGUGGAACGACGAGCCACAAGCCAUGCAAAAGUCCUAUUAGAGAAACUACAGUUCUUCCAUAUAGUUGCAUCUCUUUCUUUUGCUUAG